AUGGUGAAUUUCACAGUUGAUCAAAUGAGGUCCAUAAUGGACCUCAAACACAACAUCCGUUCAAUGUCUGUUAUUGCCCACGUUGAUCACGGCAAGACCACCCUUACGGAUUCGUUGGUUCAAAAGGCCGGUAUUAUUUCCUCAAAGGCAGCCGGUGGCGCACGCUACACUGAUACUCGAGCCGAUGAAGCUGAACGCGGUAUCACGAUCAAGUCCACUGGUAUCUCUAUGUUUUUCGAGUAUGACAUGAAGGCAGGAGAAGCUUCUGGGCUCAGUGCCGAGGAACAACAAGAGCUUGCAGCUGAGAUUGCCGAGAAACAGGACGCACAAGCCAACGUUCAAAUUGGAGAAAACUCUUACCUUAUCAAUCUGAUCGACUCGCCUGGUCACGUUGACUUUUCCUCUGAGGUCACAGCUGCAUUGCGUGUGACUGACGGAGCCUUAGUUGUUGUUGAUACAAUUGAUGGAGUCUGUGUUCAAACCGAAACGGUCCUUCGUCAAGCGAUUAGUGAACGUGUCCGACCAGUUCUCAUGGUUAACAAGGUGGAUCGCGCCCUUCUCGAACUGCAACUUCCAGCUGAAGAACUCUACCAAGCCUUUUGCCGAUCCAUCGAGUCCGUGAACGUGAUUGUUGCGACCUACAACGACGAAAAGCUCGGCGAUGUUCAAGUUGACCCCACUGCUGGGACUGUUGCCUUCGGAUCUGGUCUUCAUCAAUGGGCCUUUACAUUGAAGCGAUUCGCCAAGACGUAUGGAGCUAAAUUCAACGUCCCAGAAGAGAAGAUGAUGUCCAAGCUUUGGGGAGAUUGGUACUUUGAUGCAUCUCGAAAGGUCUGGACCACCUCUGACAAGGGAGGAACGCUCGAGCGCGCAUUUUGUCAGUUCAUUGCAACCCCCAUUACAACUCUUUUCGAAGCCAUCAUGGCCGAGAAGCACGGAAAGGUCAAGAAGAUGUUGAAGGCCAUUGGUGUUGAGUUGAAGUCUGACGAAAAGGAACUUGUUGGAAAGCAACUUUUGAAGCGUGUAAUGCAAAAAUGGCUUCCAGCGGGAGAUACCGUUUUAGAGAUGAUCGUACUCCACCUUCCGUCUCCUGCAAGGGCUCAAAAAUACCGUGUCGAAACCCUCUAUGAUGGCCCUCUUGAUGACAAGACUGCCCAAGCCAUCCGCACUUGCGAUACAUCCGAAGGAGCGCCGCUUUGUAUGUACAUUUCCAAGAUGGUUCCCACAUCUGAUAAAGGAAGAUUCUACGCUUUUGGUCGUGUCUUCUCGGGAACGAUUGCCACUGGACAAAAGGUCAGAAUCAUGGGUCCCAAUUAUGUGCCUGCAAAGAAGACUGAGUUGUGGGUCAAGAAUAUCCAGCGUACCGUCAUCAUGAUGGGUAAAUACACCGAGCAAGUAUCUGAUGUUCCUGCCGGAAACACCUGUGCUUUGGUUGGAGUCGAUCAAUACUUGUUGAAGUCUGGAACCAUCUGUACCGAGGAAGAUGCUCAUUGUGUUAAGACUAUGAAAUUCUCAGUGUCACCUGUUGUUCGUUGUGCUGUUGAGCCGAAGAACUCUGCUGACCUUCCAAAGUUAGUUGAAGGUAUGAAGCGUCUAGCCAAAUCGGAUCCAAUGGUUUUAUGUUACACUGAGGAGUCUGGAGAACACAUCAUUGCUGCCUCUGGAGAACUUCACCUUGAGAUUUGUUUGCAAGAUCUGCAAAAUGACUUCAUGGGGACUCAGGUUAAGGUUUCAGACCCCGUAGUUUCUUUCCGUGAGACCUGUACCGCAAAGUCCAACCAAACUUGUCUUGCCAAGUCUGCAAACAAGCACAACCGUCUUUUCGUCGAAGCCGAGCCACUUACCCCAGAACUCUGUGUCGCCAUCGACGAUGGCGAAAUCCGUCCUGGAAUCGAUGCCAAGAUUUUGGGAAGAACUCUUGCUGAUGAUUUCGGAUGGGAUGUCACUGAAGCCAGGAAGAUCUGGGCAUUUGGUCCAGAAGGAACCGGGCCAAACCUUUUCGUCGAUACCACCAAGGGUGUGAACUACUUGGCUGAAAUCAAGGAAUCUGUUGUUGGAGGUUUUGCUUGGGCUUCUCAAAAUGGUCCUCUUUGUGAAGAACAAAUGCGUGGAACGCGAUACAACCUUAUGGAUGUUGUCCUUCAUGCCGAUGCCAUUCAUCGUGGAAUGGGUCAGAUCAUGCCUACCGCCCGUCGUGUUUGCUUCUCUUCAAUGCUUUCUGGUGAACCAGGAAUUCUCGAACCUGUUUACCUGUGCAAUAUCUCCGUUCCUCAAGAUGCGAUGGGUAAUGUGUACGGUGUUUUGACUCGUCGUCGUGGACAUGUCUUCACCGAGGAACAACGCCCGGGAACACCAAUGAUGACCCUUCUUGCAUACUUGCCUGUUAUGGAAUCCUUCGGCUUCACAGCCGAUCUCCGUUCCAACACCGGUGGCAAGGCCUUCCCACAAUGUUCUUUCGAUCACUGGGAAGCUAUGUCCGGGUCUCCUUACGACGAUGGUACCAAGACUCAAGAAGUCGUUUUAAGUGUGCGAAAACGGAAAGGUCUUGCUGAAGGUGUGCCAGAACUCAGCAAGUACCUCGACAAGCUCUAA